AGUGGUUCAAGGUCCGGUUUACAACAUUAUGAUUACCAAAUACUUUAACAAAGUUACUGUAAAGUUCAACCCAUUCACUCCAGGCGCUAAGCCUGCUAGGUUGUUUUUGUCCAGAAUACCUACGUCCUUAAAAGCACAGUGUACAGUUGACCAUCAGGUUUUAACGGCUGCUUCCAAAGAAAAACCAAUAGUGCAAGUGACAUUCAAGGACAAGCACACGAUGAGCGUGGAUCCCGAAACAACUUCAUUUGUUGACUUGAGCAACCAUUUUGACAACCACUCGAGAAAACUCGCUAUUCAAGAAGCCAUUUCUGAGUAGAUAAUGUAUGAUAGACUUGUAUAUAUGAAUAAAAAUUCUAACGAGAUGGAAGAAGGGCCGGGAUUGGACAGCCGAACACAGCUAGUAUACAUUGGAUGAUACAAGAGUAAAACGUUUUUUUAUGACAUCUCCUUAGUU